AUGACUAUUGCGAAGCUCUUGUUCAUAUCAUGGUGUUGUCUUAGGUCCACUUGGUGCGCUGGUCAGCAGUUUCACAGGAUCUUCAACUUUGACCUGCGAGGAAGCACCAGCAUCUUCAGAAUCAGUUGCACCUUCGACAGGCACCUUCUAGUCUUCACCAUUGGUGGUUACUUUGGGCUUCAGGUUACUGAGGUGUCACUGUGGGAAGUAACAAUAAGGUCACUCCCUGCUCGUUUCUCUCAGAGGCUCUCUCUGCUCAUCGAUCAGCCUACGAUACUUGGGCACCCCAAAGACAAUGUCUUCCUUGACAAGUGCUUCACCUCCGCAAAGGUGGUCAUUAAGCAAAUGAUCGAAGUGCUGGCACCUAGUGGUCUUGUGCGCACUGCUCCUGAUGGCCACUUUGUCUUUGUGUCUUUCGCCUCUGCAUUCAUGCUCAAGCUUCUGCGUCCCGAGUUUGCUCAACUGUUGACAGGCACCAUCGCUUAUGUCGCUGUCAACGUGGAUGAUCACCAAGAAGAAGGACCAGAGGAUCUCAAGUUCAAAUGGUAUCUCACAGAUCACACCACUGCGCAAAGUAUGCUGCUGCAGUAUGUGUUUCCCUUUGUCACGGUCUUUUGUUCGUUGAUGGUGUCCCCGCAGAGAGGUAUCGAUGUUAUGAUGCCCAUGGGCAGAGUUUGCCCCACAUAUUACGUCAAGCCAGCAACGUCGUAUUGCUACUGCCAUGAUCUUGAACUCUAUUCCUCUGGCGACACGAAGGCAGAUCUCUACUUGCUUUGCAAAGCUGCAUCCCUUAUCUCUGCUUGCCCCGCUUGGAUCCUGCAAGCAUGA